AUGUAUUUCACUUAGCCACGUGGCCAUUUCAGAUCAUUGACACGGGCGCCAUCUCAGCGGUGCAGUUGGAAGCAGUGGUGUAUGCAUGCCAGGCGCACGAGUUGCGUCUUCCGACCAACGAAAGAAUGGGCUACCUCAUCGGUAUGUGUAUGCUGUUUGACCUGAUUUUGCUUCUCAUCUCCUCCCUGUUACAUUCUGUUACCUUUGCUGCAGGUGACGGCGCCGGUGUGGGCAAGGGCCGAACGAUUGCUUGUAUUAUAUAUGAGAAUUAUCGACUUGGUCGCAAACGUUCCAUUUGGUUGAGUGUUUCGGCGGAUCUGCGAUACGACGCAGAAAGGGACUUAAGAGAUAUUGGUGCUGGAAAAAUCAAGGUUUACGCCCUCAACAAGUUCAACUAUUCGAAAAUUGGUGGGAAAGAGAACGCUGCUAAGAAGGGUUGCAUUUUCGCCACAUAUUCAUCGCUGAUCGGCGAAUGUCGUUCUGUCAAAGGCAAAUAUCGAACUCGCCUGAAGCAGCUCAUUCAAUGGUUUGGACAGGUUUGUGUCUCUGAUUUUUGUUUUGUGCGAAUCAAUUCGUUUCCUUCUCAGUGUUCACAUCCGUUCAGUUCUAGUCAAAUUUGGCAGUUUGAAUUUUUUGCAACAGACAGAAAAUACUCUUUUAACUUAAGCUGGGUUAGACCAACUAGUCUUACUUGA